AUGGCAGACAAGGCCCCAGACACAGUGCAAGAACCCGUCCAAAAACCCGAGACUCUAGUCCCAAUAAUCACAUACAACAUAUCCUUAUUCCCUGCAGCCGAAAUGAGAAAAGACUUGAAGAGACGACGAGGCCAGGGCACCUACCUGAAACUCACCGCUGAUGAGCCUUUUGACACGUUCAAGGCACAAUUACUUGUCAAGAUCUACAAUGAGAUGAAGCCUGCAACACUUAGUUUCGACAACUAUAUAGUUUCCUUCACAAUUCCACGUCUUUCACCUUCACCCCUUGCAAUCACCAACCAGAAAGAUUACGAAGAACUCAUUGGUCAAGUCAAGAAAGCAAAAGACCUCACAGCAACUGUUUACGUGCAAGAGAUGCAAAAUAUGAAAAAGCAUAAAGAAAUUCAGUCAGGAAAGGAGAACGACUCAGCAACCAGCGACAGAUCCAGCAGUGACAAUUCCUCCGACAAUAAUGGAAAGAAGAAACGGAAACACAAGGACAAACGGAAAAAAACCAGAGCACCAAAGGCAUCAGAUAUUGAUGAGUCAAACCAACCUGUCAACAAGAAUAUUCGGGACCUUCGCAACUAG